AUGGACGGCGGGAGAACAAACUCCGCGCGGUUGGUGGAGCUGGUCCAGCAGCCAGAGUUCUGCGACCUGCACAUCUUCCCCGACCGACCGGGCACCACGAGCACCGCGGUCCGGGCCUCGCGGCUCCUUCUGGCCGCCGCCAGCCCGGCGCUCGAGCGGCAGCUGCACGCGGCACGGCGCGGCGCGGCGCCCACGGCGCGGGAGACGCUGCGCUGGCCGGUGGAUGCAGAGGUGGCCAAGGCCGUCGUGGCCUACAGCUGCGGCGUGCCCGCGCCCUUCGCACGCCUCGACGCCGCGGCGGCGCGCCGCGCGCGGCAGCUGCUGCGGACGGGGGAGGUGACGCGAGAGGAUGAGCAGGACGACCUGCCGACGAAUCACAAGAAGAGUGGAGGCUCUUCCCUUUUGAAGCUGCUGAUGGUCUUGAUGAUUCUGGCAUCCCUUCUGGCUUACUGGCCAAUACGGGAAUUCAAUCUGGAGACCGGUGGUUUCUUCAUGGACGACGCCAUGAUUCGCCGGAACUCCUUGGUCACCGACGGCGUGUUGGACUGGCGCAGGCUUUGGCGCACGGACUACUGGGGCUUGGAGAUGUUCGACCCUCAAACGUGGACGCACAAGUCCUUUCGCCCCUUGACCGUGCUCACGUUCCGUUGGAACUUCCUCUGGCAUGGCUUCAACAGUGGCGGAUUUCAUGGAACCAAUGCCCUUCUGCAUGGCCUAUGUUCCUUGCAGCUGGCUCACUUCGGACGAAAGCACUUGCAGCUUCCAACCGCUUGGGCCGGGCUGUUGGCCUGCCUUUUCGCUGCACACCCGGUGCAUACUGAGAGCAUUUGCUACGUGGUGGGCCGGGCGGACAUCUUGUGCGCGCAGGUUCUCUUCUUCGCCUUAGAGGUCUAUGGACCACGGCGGCCCACCGCGCGGCCACGGCUCGCCGCGCGGGCGCUGCGCACGCUGCUGGCGGCGGCGCUGAUCGUGGUGAGCGGGCUUUGUAAGGAGACAGGCGAGGAUGAACGGUGUGUGGCACUUGGAACUUGA